AUGUUCUCCCAUUACCCUGUGGUCAAUAUAACUUUUGGGAUUCAUGAUGCCGCUAACGCAGGAACAAGAGAUGAGGCGUACACGUCCUACUACGGUGAGGAUGAGUAUCCAGUCACGAAGGUACUGCGGCCAGUGUAUGUUGAGGUGCGCAUUUUGGAGAGGACUGACCCGAAUCUUGUCCUGAUGUUGGGACACUGUUGGGCGACAUCAGCCCCUAGUCCUCUCAGUCUACCCCAGUGGGAUCUUCUAGUUGAUGGAUGUCCUUACCAGGAUGACCGUUACCUGACAGCACUGGUUCCUGAAGUUGGCUCGACUGGUCUUCAGUUCCCAACCCACUACAAGCGCUUUGUUGUGAAGAUGUUCACGUUUGUGGAUCCAUCUUCACUGGCCCCUUUGCAGGAGACUAUCUAUAUUCACUGUAGUACCGCGGUGUGCCACACUGCUUCUGGUUCGUGUGAGCAGAGCUGUGCCAGGAAAAGGAGGGCUGUUGCUGGAAAAAGGAGUGAAGAAACUGUGGUUUCCAGUGGAGGUGUUUUCUUUACGAUGUAA